AUGUUUUCAGUUGAUGAUACUGAGGAGGAGCUGUCCAUAGUGGUAGCAGGGAGUGGUGGCUUGGGCGAGGAUCGUUUACGCAUAAAGUACCAUGUUAGAGCCAACAAGGCAAACAACAAGGUUAUGCCUAGCGGAAUCCCAAGAGCCAAACCCAAUUUGGAUGAGUUGGGAAGUGAAGAAGAUGAAGACUGCGGUAAUUGUGAAGCCCCAAUAGAAGUAGAAAGCCCAGAGAUUGAACUUGUAGGAGACGCAGAACCAGAACCAGUGGCUGUGGCUAAAGCUGUGGACGAACCAGGAGACGUAGAAGAACCAGAAAACGUAACUGUUGACAGUGAUGAACCAGACAGUGUCAUGGUUAAUACUUGA